AUGUCUCCUCGCCAGUCUCCUCCCCGCCGGCCGGCCUAUAUAUGCAGAGGGAACCCGCCUCUUUCCUCUCAUGCAUCCGGCUCUCGAUCAGCAGCUCAUUUCCACCAUCGAUCCAUCAAGCAGCCAGAGCAAAACCAACAAAGCCAAUCCAUCAUGGCGGAGCAGCUGCGGCGUGGCGCAUCACCACCGUCAUCCGGCGCGGCGGAGCUGGAGCUGCCGGGGUUCCGGUUCCACCCGACGGAGGAGGAGCUGCUGGAGUUCUACCUGAAGCAGGUGGCGCAAGGGCGGAAGCUCAAGUUCGACAUCAUCCCCACGGUGCACCUGUACCGGCACGACCCCUGGGACCUCCCGGGCCUGGCGCGCAUCGGCGAACGGGAGUGGUACUUCUUCGUGCCCCGCGACGGUGGCGGCAGCCGGGCGGCCAAGCAGCACCAGUCCGGCGGCGGCGGCCGGCCCAGCCGCACCACGGAGCGCGGGUUCUGGAAGGCCACGGGGUCGGACCGCUCCGUACGGUGCGCCGACGACCCCAAGCGCCUCAUCGGGCUCAAGAAGACGCUCGUCUACUACGAGGGCCGCGCGCCGCGUGGCACCAAGACCGACUGGGUCAUGAACGAGUACCGCCUCCCCGACGCCACCACCUGCUGCAAUGCCGCCGGCGACUCAUCGGCGGCCUCCUCCACCAACAAGUCGCCCAAGGAGGACAUCGUGCUGUGCAAGAUCUACCGGAAAGCUGUGUCGCUCAAGGAGCUGGAGCAGCGGGUGGCCAUGGAGGAGCUGGCGCGCGCCACCGCCACGCCGUCCGCGUCCGCGUCCCACAACACCGGCUCGCCCGCCGACUCCAUGUCGUCGUCGGACCACGAGGCGGCGGCGGCGGCCCAUCCCCGGAAGCAGCAGGGAGGGGACAUCAUGAUGAUGCCUGUGGGCAUCUCACCACCACCUGGGGUGAUGAGCAUGAAGAAAGAGGAGGUGGCCGAGCCGCUGCCGACGGCGACGACGGUGCUGAUGAGGCCGGCGACGCUGAGCCUGCCGCAGCUGGAGGUGGCGAAGCAGCAGCCGGCGCAGCAGGAGUGGAUGCAGGACCCAUUCCUGACGCAGUUGCGGAGCCCAUGGAUGGAGAGCUGGUCGCCCUACUACGCCAGCGUCCUCAACUUUUAA